AUUGGCUGCGCGCGCCUUUGUGUGGCGGCAGCUGCGGCCCCAGCGCCUUUGAAUGUCGAGAGGGGCCGGGAAGGGAGCCUUUCCAUGGGCCAUCUGUCUCCCCGCCAGCCGCCGCCCCACCGCCGCCCGCGCCCCGCGCUCCGCCUCCCGCCCCGGCGGCUCCCGCAGCCCCGCCGCCGCCCGCGCCCGCGCCCCGGAGCCGCGCCACAAAGGGCCCGCGCGCAGCCGCCGCCGCCGCCGCCGCCGCCGCCGCCGCCGCGCGAGGAGCCAGGAUGGUCCUGGUCCACGUCGGCUAUCUCGUGCUUCCAGUGUUUGGCUCUGUGCGAAACAGAGGUGCCCCCUUUCAAAGGUCUCAGCAUCCUCACGCUACCUCCUGCCGCCAUUUCCACCUGGGCCCCCCGCAGCCGCAGCAGCUCGCUCCCGACUUCCCGCUGGCCCACCCCGUGCAGUCGCAGCCAGGCCUCAGCGCCCACAUGGCCCCGGCCCACCAGCACAGCGGCGCCCUGCACCAGUCGCUGACCCCGCUGCCCACCCUGCAGUUCCAGGACGUCACAGGUCCCUCCUUCCUACCUCAGGCCCUGCACCAGCAAUACCUCCUGCAGCAGCAGCUCCUGGAAGCCCAGCACCGCAGGCUGGUCUCGCACCCCAGGCGGAGUCAGGAGCGUGUAUCUGUCCACCCCCACCGCCUCCACCCCAGCUUCGACUUCGGCCAACUGCAAACACCUCAGCCCAGGUAUUUGGCUGAGGGCACUGACUGGGAUCUCAGUGUGGAUGCUGGCUUGAGUCCUGCUCAGUUCCAGGUGCGGCCCAUCCCUCAGCACUAUCAGCAUUACCUAGCCACUCCUCGAAUGCACCACUUUCCCAGAAACUCCUCCUCCACGCAGAUGGUCGUCCAUGAAAUCCGAAACUACCCUUACCCUCAGCUUCACUUCCUUGCUCUCCAGGGACUAAAUCCCAGCAGACACACCUCCGCCGUACGGGAGAGCUAUGAGGAGCUGCUGCAGCUCGAGGACAGGUUGGGUAAUGUGACUCGGGGAGCUGUACAGAACACCAUUGAGAGGUUCACCUUCCCCCACAAGUAUAAGAAGCGAAGACCCCAGGAUGGCAAGGGCAAGAAGGAUGAGGGGGAGGAGUCAGACACAGAUGAGAAAUGCACAAUUUGUCUGUCUAUGCUGGAAGAUGGAGAAGAUGUGAGACGCCUACCCUGUAUGCAUCUCUUUCACCAACUGUGCGUGGACCAGUGGCUCGCCAUGAGCAAGAAAUGCCCCAUCUGCCGAGUGGACAUUGAGACACAACUGGGAGCCGACAGCUGAGGAAGAAAUUAGCCAGUGGACACCCCAUUUCCUUCACCAGGUCCCCCCACGGCCAUAGCCCUUGCAGCCAAACUUUGCCUUCUGAGCCAUUUGACGUAGAGGAAAAGCCUGCAAGCACAUUUUGUGGAAAGAGGAGUUGGUGGUAUCGGUGUCGAGGGAGAGGAGGGGGUGGGGGAGGACCCACCUCUCCAGAAUGGCGACUGUCCCCAUCCGCCUGGCUGAGCAGGAGAGAGGGAGCUGGCCGUGCCCAGCGCAAGGGCGGGAAGGAGGGGCCCAGGCUGCGGAGAACCCAGGUGGGAUCCUGAAGGCACUAGCUGACAGACCGGCCCCUCAAUCCUGUCCUCUGAAGGAUUGUAUAUAUACCUCUCGACCACGUAGGAACCAUGUAGGGGUCUCUAGCUAUUUCUGUGGAUGGCAGCCGGAGCAUGUUAGCUUAAGAAAAAUGUUGUGUGUGGUGCUCUAGUCAUCUUGUGGUGGACAUGUCGCUAUUACCGAAUUCGCACCAAAUAUUUCUCAUUGAGUUUCUUGUUUUGGUGCCUGACCGAACCAACGACAGCCCCAAUCUUCCCGUCUUUAUGAGAGAAAAGGAAAAAGGAAUCAAAGGUGGAAGAAAAAAAAAGCCAAAUUCUGUUUACGGUGAAAAAGGAUUUUGUUUUUCACCCAAUUUGGGAGGCGGGAGGGGGGGGUUCUCGUUUUGUUUUUGUUUUUGUUUUUACCUUGGCUUUUGUUUUUCUCAUGUUUACAGUGCACGGAGUGUGGAAGUGGGUCUGGGAGAGGGAGAGCUGGAAAAGGAGCUGAUGGGGUCUUAUCCCGGCCUCUGAGGGUUCAGCCGAGGUGAGGAAGGCAACAGAGCUCCAGCAGGUGAAGGGAGAGUUCAUCUAUGCGGGGCUCCCCAGGCCUAGGGCUCAACUGCAUGGCCCCAGCUAUAUCCCCACAGUUCCACACUAAACCAGGGAGGGCUCGGCCCUCAGCUACAGGUACCCGCUGUGUUCCUGGGAGCCGAGAGACCCGUGGUCACUCCAACUCCUUCCUUUAGGCUGUGCUCUUGCCUGUCACAAAGAGGCAACGUAGCCACUGCCUCCCUAUGCAAAAAAUUAACCAGAUGAUGCAGAUAAGACAGCAUAGGUGAUAGCUGCUUGGUCUUGGCCACAGUGCUCUCAGCCAGCACUCAGGGCUGAGGUCAAUAUCGCGGACCUUGGGGAGGAAGCUGAGCAUCCCCCGGGAUGUCUCCAGUCCUGACACAGUCCCUCAGAGAUAGCCUGGCUCUGAGGUCACAUCAGCUAGGUUUGGGAGGCCCCUCAGCUUGGUUUGGGAGUGCCUGUGUCCCUGGUCUCUGGCUCCUUCUCUGACUCUUUGAUAACCUUGGGCAAGUCCCUUUCUUUCUCUGUGCCUCAGUUUCCUUCUCCUUUGAGUGGGGAGAGAGAACAGUGCAGCCCCAUUUCCGGUCCUGCUACCUCACCUAGAUGUUGUGAGGAUUCAUAUUCUCUGUCCAGCGUGUUCUAUGCUCUCUUCUGAGAACCUCCUGGGGUGUCAGUAUGGGGGUGCUGGGAGACACAGACCUGAUACAGUAUGUCUUUCUGCACCACCUCACAAUUUUCCUGAACCCCAAAGGGAGCAGACAGAUAAGAGGACAGAAGAAUGGAGAUGGGAAAAUCCACCAAAUUCCAACCCAAAUCCAACUUUCUUUCUCCCUAUGUGGAAGACAUCAGAUUAGCUGGAAUUCUGCCACCUUCCUUUGUGUCCCACCCCCCACCGUUCCCCCAUUCCCCCAUUUGCACUGCUCUCUAAGCCUCCCCCUCACCUCCAUCGGUAACCCAGUCUCAAUGCCCUCAUAUCAAUAAGACCGGGAUGAGGGGGACAAGAUACUUGUCACAUAUUUGAAGAAAUUCCAUACAGUGAAGGAAAUUUGAGUCUGUAUUGCUGCUACAAGGGUAAAACCAGGACCAAUGGGUAAAAGUAACAGGCGGGCAGAUUUUGGCUUGAGGAAGAGCUUCUAGCACGACUGGUUUAUGCGGGAAUAGCUGCUCUGGCCACCUGCAGGCAGAGAGUGGGGGAAGUGGCUCCUGGCAGGAGAUUUCUCUCUGCACUAAUAUCCUGGUGUUCUAUAAAAUCUUUAUUGAGUGCCUACCGGUGCAGGCGCUGGGAGAGAUGAUAGCUUUGAGGAGCUCACAAUCUAGCUGAGGAGAUGAGACACAUCCAAUGCUGCAAAAAUGGUGAAUAACCUGAUUCAGGUUAGCAGCAAUGAGUAUCACAGUGUCCAACUCAGUAGCUCCAGUGUAUGAAAAUGUCUCCAGGGCCAAAGGCUGGAGAUCUCACCAGUGGGGAAAGUACAUCUGAGUCAGGAUUUUGGGGGAAAGCUAGUUACUGAUAGCCACAGGAAGUUGAGAAUUCUGCCCCAUUCUCUCCAAUGGCUGGGUGAAAACCAAGAAUUCAUCGGAAGAUGGCUUUGGCCUGGAGGCAGCUAUGGUGGUCUAGGAAGGUCACUCCUCUUAGUCUCAGUCUUUCAUUCUUUCUGCUGAGACUGGCCUGGAAGGCUGGCAAGUGGGAGGGAGUCAGUGGGGAAGCCAGGAUAGAACUAGAGCUGGUGUCCCAGGUUCCAGUCUGGGCUCUUCACUGACAAAGUGGGCAACACUAGAAACUUCCCUUUGUCUCUCUGGGCCUCAGUUUCCUCAGUUACAACCUAAAGAGGUUGGAUUGGAUGCUUGCUAAUUUCCUUCUGACACUCACACUUUGUAAUCCUCCCUAACAUCAACACGUCUUCAAGGCAGCAGAGCUGCGUGCCCACCCAGCUGUUGAAAAGGACUUUCUGUGGGCACACACUCUGUUUCAGACUGGGCUGGGGGCACACGUGCUGAGUGAGACAGUGGGCCCUGGUCCCCUCCCCCCUCCCAAUUCUCUGCCCCAGGCUAAUAUCAGGGACUGGGGAGGGGACCACCAGAGGGCAGAGGGAAGCUGCUUACUUUGGGGGUAGACCCUGAAGCCCCCCAUCCUUCCCCCGCAGAUGGGGACAGGAGGUGAUGGGGCACUCAGAACCCUGCAGCUCCCACUUCUUUAGCUGGACAGCUGUUUGGGGGACAAGAGAGGGCUGGGGUCUGUGCUUCUGCUCCUGGCACUGGUCAGGGAGUCUGGGAAGAGUGGAGAAGAGGCAGGGUCAGGCCUCAGCAUCUCACAUCCACCACCUCCAGGAGGGGAGACCACUGGUAAGUCCUCCUCCUGCUCAACUCAAGGGACUCAGACCCUUUCUUGACUGAGACGCAUGAGUGCCUUCUGGGGUGAGAGCAGCCCCAGGGUUUAAGUUGGGCGUCCUAGCCGCUGCAGCAGCUGUGCCGCCGCGGGUCCACCGAGGAUGCCAAUCAAUCAACCCAACACCACAAGCCUGGUUGGGUGCAAGCAGAGGGUGAGCAGGGGCUGCCCCUCCACCUGGCCAGGACCCCCUUCGGCCCCCUGUCGCCCUUGGCCACCACCUGUGGCAGGACUCAAGCUCCUCUUCUGCAAAUGUUCCCAGCCUCCGUGCAAGUAUUCUUAACUCUUUACGCCUAAUGAACAAGCACAGUUUUUUCAAUGGUGAAGAAAAAAGCACCAGACUUUUUUUCUUUUUUUCCUAAAGAAAUCCCCUAAGCCCCCCGCCUGCCGGCGGGACAAACACUCCCUGCGUGGGGCUGUAGCAACGUCUGUCAGGCCCCCUUGUGUUUCAUCUCCUGCGCGCGUAGAGCAAAUGCUAGAGCGAUUUCAGCUGAUAGAAAAACAAAAAUGAAAAAAAAACACAAAAAACAAAAAACAUGGCACGUUGCUAGUUUACAGGGUUUUGUGAGUUUAAAUGCCUUAUAUUUAACAAUCAUAAUUUAUGACUAACUUGUAGAUAUUGUGGGUUCUUAUUUAAUUAUUUUUAUAGUUGUUUUGCAUUUUUAAUUAUAAUUUAUUUAUUUAGAAAGGAUACUAAUUUUUUUUAUUACUCCUAUUACCUCAUUUUGGCGUUGUUUCUGGGAGUGGAAUGCUUUGCAUGCAUUGGUACGAUGACAAACAACUACGAAUACAAAAAAAAAAUUUAAAUAAAAUUCUGCAAACUUUAUUUCGUCCAAACUAUCAGGGUGUGUGAUUGCAAGCUGUCCUACCGUGGUGCUGGCCUCUUUGGAUACAUUCCAUACGAAAUGCAAACCUUUGAUUCUGUAUGCUGUGAUCUAGUGAAAAACUCCAAUAUAGUGACUGUAUUUAGCACAUAUAUAAAUAUAAUUUGCACUUGUCAGCAGACUGGGGUAAUCCUUUCACUUGCUACCCUUGGCACCCGCCCCUCCCCACAACCCUGCCUCUCCAUCAUGAACCUGUCUUUCCUCUUCUCUCGCUCCUCCCACAACCUCAGCCCACCCAGCCGCUAUCCUCUGAGGAAAGUCUUGGAGCACUAGUUGGAGGCCACCUGGCCUCCAACUCCAGAAUUGGAGCCCUCCAGACACUACAAGAGGAACAUCAGAGAGCCAAAAAGCCUGGCUUCUUAGAAGGAGCUCUGGACUGGGGAGCCAGGAGGCUCAGGUUUUCAAAUAUGCUCCAUGACAGAUGUCCCAGUGACCCUGAGCAAGUCCCUUGGCCCCUGAGUCUCAGUUUUCUGGGUGGGGUGAGUGAGGAGAACUGGGAGAUCUUUAGUGUCCCUUAGAUUCAAGUAGAAUGUGACACAGAUCCCGUGAGAAACCACCAUGUUGUGCUUCUCACCUUCUCAGGAGAGAAGAAAGAGGGAGAAAAGGCAGGGCAUGGUGGCUCACACCUGUAAUCCCAGCACUUCGUGAGGCCGAGGUGGGCAGAUCACUUGAGGUCAGGGGUUUGAGACCAGCCUGGCCAACAUGGUGAAACCCCGUCUCUACUAAAAAUACAAAAAUUAGCUGGGCAUGGUGGCGGGCGCCUGUAAUCCCAGCUACUCGGGAGGCUGAGGCAGGAGAAUGGCUUGAACCCAGGAGACGGAGGUUGCAGUGAGCCGGGAGCGUGCACCACUGCACUCUAGCCUGGGUGAUAAGAACAAAACUCAGUCUAAAAAAAAAAAAAAAGAGGGAAAGAGGGAGAAAGGAUUGGGAGGAGAAAAGGAGAAGAAAGAAGAAGAGAAUAGAGAGAGUAAGCUGAGAAUUUAUCUGAGCUUGCUCAGAGUUGACUUUCAGGAGGGUUUUUGUCCUAUAAUAUGUGGCAUCCUGUGGGUGACAGGGAGGUGAGUUAGGUGGACACGUAUGGGACAUGCCCUUUCACAAGGUUUGGGCAGUCAUUUGGCAAGUGAGCUGAAAUCCAUGUCUUGUUAGAGAUAGGGAUGGGGUAGGCAGAAAGGAGCCCCAAACUAUGUGUUUGGGAUUGGCACCCCCAACCUAUCAUCUCCCAGAGUCUUCAUUGUUGAGAUGCUGCCCAUGGAAAACAGAUUGGGACAUACAUUUUGGAAUCAAGGUCUUUGCUCCUGGCAUCUCCUCUGUCCACCUCCCUCUGCCUUUGCUCCCUGGGGGCUGUGGGCAGGAAGAGCUUCUACGGAGGACUGGGAGUGGGCCUCCAGUCCCCCUGCUCCUGUAGAGGAAUAAUGGGGGAGGACAUGGGGAAGUCACUGUCAAAGGCUGGCACAGCUGUGAGCCUGAUGCCUCUCAGCCAAAAGGAGAGAGAGGGAUUUCACGCCCCUGAGAGUAGCCCCCUGAGCUGGCUGGGACCUGGACUACCUGCUUUCCUCCUGCCUCUUCCCCUUCCCCUCCUUCCCAGCUUAUCCUCCUUCUUGCCUCUUUACAUCACUGCCUUUACCUGGUGAGGAUGAGGCCCCAUGGGGAAGGUGCUUAUGUGGAGGGAGGAAGUGGAGACCGAGAUUCGCCAUGCUGCCCAGCGAGGCUGUGUGAGCACUGGGCUGUGUAUGGUCCCUAAAGCCUCAACUCUGCCCCAGCUGAGUGAUGGGUGCCCCUCUCUGGGCUUCCUGCCUAGCUUCCCCUUCUGCCUCUAGCCUGGAGCCUUGCUUUCCCUGGAGACAGCCCGUGGAGUCCCCCACCACACUGGAGGGAGCAUGACCACCACACUGCUGGGCCUGGCAGACACCACGUCUUUGGCAGGGCUCCUGGAUGGGCAUGCCUUAUGCUGCUCUGCAGGGUCAGAGUGGAAAGGGGCCCUUUGUCCUGGCUGGCCUGUGCCCUCACCCUUGAGCCCCUCCCCCCACUCCACCCCGGCCUCGGAUGCGGCUAAUUUCUCAGCCAUGGAGCCAGCUGCACCAGCCCUCGAGGGGGUAAUUUGGUUGCCCCUGGCAAGUGAAAGGAUUAUCCUCAGUGUUGAUUGUCCUUUUUUGUAAUCCUCCUGCUGUUCUGUUCUGUUGUGCUGUGCAACAUUUUGCUACAUAGACUAUUUUAUAGCAGAAAGCUAGAAGAAUAUUUAUUAUGAAUAUUAAAGCAAUAGUGCAUCAAUGAAAAGGCGGAGACAUUAGGAAUUGUGUAAAUGCUUAGAUUCACUUUUGGUGGAUUUUUUGUACUUUAUUUAUAACUAAUAAAAAUGAACUGCAUUGCUAACUACA